AUGCAUUGUCUCAUUGAUUUUCGUCUGGACACUUCACCAAACGCCCAGCAGUUGUCUAGAACCUGCCAGUCCGCUGAUGGUGGAUGGAAUGGCACUGAACCACUUGGACUAUUUCUGUUUCCUAUUUGCCUCUUAAACUCACCAGAUGAGACAUAUCUAAGACACUACAUUCGUCCCUUCACGAAAGGUCCCCUAAGGCCUCCUCAAAAGGGUGCCUUGACCUAUAUCAUUGCCCUUAUCGAGUCAUAA